GAAGAAAGCCGACGAAAGUCCCCAAGCUCCCGUUUCCGGUUCCGGGGCAACGGUAUCCUUUAUAAACACAAGGCAGAAUGUUAACACGACUGGUACGAUUCGGGCCCGUUUUGUCCCGCUUACGUUCUCAUGUACCGGUGCGGUGCGUGUCACAGUCAAAGCCGAGCGGUGCUGUCGGCUCGAGCGCUGUGACGGAGCUGCAGCAGGCGGCACCGAGCGGCAGCCAUGGCGAGGUCAGCCAGUAUGUCAAGAAUCCAGAUUACCAUGGCUUCUCCAGUGACCCUGUGGUUGAUGAAUGGAACAUGAGAUUGGGCUUCUUCUUUGGCAUCUCAGUGUGUAUUGUCAUUGGAGGAACAUUCAUUCACUACUUACCAGACCAUGGUAUGCGCCAAUGGGCCAGAAGGGAGGCUGAACGCGUCAUCCUGCAGAAAGAGAAGGCGGGUGUACCUCUGAUAGAUGAAAACUACUAUGACCCCAACAAAAUUGUUCUGCCUGGCGCCGGAGAAGAGUAGUGUGAACAACCAUCCACUUAAUGUAUUUCACUUAUUGUAUGUCAUCAUAGAAUAAAUGAGCUGUUGAAUUCUUUAA